ACAGUUAUUCAGCCGCGUAGGGUUUUGGAAGCCCUUAUCCACGCUCAGCGGUAACUCGCGGUUCAGUAGAUAUCUAGCGAUAUCUUUGAACACGACUCUAAUAUAGACCGAUUGCUGCAACAGUCAUCUGUUUGCUUUGGUAGCAAAGCAAUUAGCAGAAAACCCGAGAACCUACAAUGUCAACACCCCACUUCAUGACUGCGAACCUGCCGAAUUCCUCGAGCUCCCAUUUCCUCUCCGCGGCUGCUUCUCCCCCGAAAUACAACAGACAGACAGAUCUCGCCGGAUUCGAUAUUUGGAAAAAGAAGGUGCUGCUCUACUUCGACUCCUCGAACUUUGUCAGAGAUGAGGACAUACUGAAUGAGACCAUUGGAUUUCUCGAGGCCACAAGAACACGAUCCACUCGUUGGAAGAUCUCCUGGCUUGUUUGGAGCAGAAAUGCUUCCUUACGAAACGUGAAAGACAGUUUCUCCACCAAUGGCGUGAGGCUUUGCCAGACUAAGGAUGUGGACUCUUAUAUCCGGGCCUACGACCGGAUCACCGACGGCUUUUCGGCGCACAGGAGAAUGCCGGAGCUGAUGUUGAGGGAAGAAUUCGUUCUCGGCUUGCACCCAGAUAUCCGAUUGAAGGUCUGCGUUGAGUUGCCGAAAACACUCGACGAGGCUAAGGAUUUGGCACGGAGAGUAGAGAUCGGGAUGCAGAGGGUCCACAGCAUGAACCCGAGAACUCUCGACGAGGCGCAGCAACUAUCUAGGAGGGCGGAGGCCGCGGAGAGCCAUAUAUAA